AUGAUAGCAAAGUGUCCAGAUGGAGCCGACGAUCAGGAUCUGAACGCCAAGUGUAGUAAGACCGACCCACAACCUGGUCUGCCCCCGCACAGCUACAGAAACAACCUGGCAUUGACAUUCCGCACACCCUACUGCGCUCGUUGUCAUGGCUACCAGGAUCCCGAGCUGUUGGCGUGGACCGAGGGUCUGUCGUGUAACAACGCUUCAGAAUGGCCGAGAAAGAUAAAAGAUAUGACCUCUUCCCAGAACUUCGGCUUCAAUCCCGACCUCGCAGUUGCUAUACAGUCAGGUAACUGCCUCUACAUCUAUCGGCCUCCAAUCAGCGACGGGUGGUCGUCUCCCAGAUCGUGUUUUCCUGACGUCAUCGCCUCCUCUGCCGCGAACGGAAGUGACAGUGACAAUAGAGGCGCGUGCCGGUUCGAGGACCUACUCCUAUGCAAGAGCUACGCAUACCAGACCUUCGCCGCCGACAACACGGAAGUGAAGAACCCCCAUUGCUUGAAAUGCAUGACGGGAGUGACCCCGAUCUCCGUAGAUCUUCCAUGUGCACGCGGCAGGUCCCAAACAAAGAAAACGGACCUCCCCACUGGAGGAAUCCUGGCGUUAUUCCCCCGGGAGAGACCCAAGGAUGACACAGUGGAGGUGAACGGCAAGAGGAUCGUGCUGCCGGACUUCACCUGCGACGACAGCGAGGUGUUUGACUACGUCUUCCGCGUCUGCCGCACACUUUUCUGCCCGCUGGGCUUCAUUCCCCUGCAGGGAGCGUGCGCGCCAUCUGAAACGUUCGUUGUUCCUGGGACCACUCAGAUCUUCAAAGAAGGAACCACGAAGCUGAAUCUGCGGAUGAUCCUAGACACUGAAGCAACUUGUGAUGGGGUGGAAAGGGUGUUCAUGAAAUUUAUAGCAGGCGCGUCGUCGCCUACUGUCGGGAAGGACGGAGAGACGACCACAGCGACGAGCUUUGACGAGAGACAUUUCUCGACCCGAUGUGACACGAUCAUCAUCGCAACCUCAGGUGGAUCUCAGACGAGGGAGUUUCAUGCCACACUGCUCAAGGUCUACAACUUGACGAUGGUCCUCGACCUCCUGGAAGCAUCCUUUCACGAAUGCGCACUUCUGAACCUGACCUCAUCAGCUGACGUAGCCAACUACGAACAGGAACCGGAACUGCUGUGUCCCAGCGGCUCUCUCGACGUCAUCGACGCCGCGAACGUGACGUCACUGGGUUGGCAACUGCACGUCAGCGUCAGCCAGGACGAGACAAGGGCGUUGUUCCCACUGACCAACGUCGUGUUUAGGAUGCACUUGAGCGCCGAGGAGCCACGAAGUUACCUGGCUGUCGUAUGCGUCCAGCCGCUCUUCAAUUCGACUUUGAACUGUUCCGCCGUGCCCUAUGCCCUCAACCGCACGAAAGUCGUUAACGGCACGCUGCACGUCGUCGGCACCGACCUGACCUUUGAACCCGAGGCUUACGAACUGCGCGAACACUUUGCUCUUGUCUGCUCUCCCUUCAGAAACCUCAACGUUUCUCGGCAGAACGGCAGCAAGUUUUUCGAGUUUUCUUUCUUGCAGGUCUACGUGUCCCUGGGCUGCUCUCUGUGCUCUGUGUUGUGCCUGCUAGCAGCUCUCCUUGCUUACGCCCUCCUACGCGAGCUGAGGACGCUGGCCGGCCGCAUGAACGCCUCCCUAGCAGGCAGCCUCGUCGCUGGACAGAUCCUCCUCCUUGUCGACUUUGUCGACUUCGCCAGAGACCUGGGCGUCUGCUCCGUGCUGGGAGCCGUCUGCCACUUUUGCUGGCUGGCUGCAUUCUGCUGGAUGAGCGCCGUAGCCAUCCACAUGGCGCGCACGUUCCAGGGAGCAAUGUCCACGCCAUCGGGUGUGCACGCUGCCAGGCACGCGCGUGCGCUCUUCCGUAAGUAUGCCGUCAUCUGCUGGGGGCUUUCGGGACUGGUGGUCGUCGUCUGCUACACGCUGGACCACUUUCCAAGGAUAGGGCUGCAGGUUGGCUAUGGCAAGCUGGGUUGCGCAUGGAUGGAAAAGUCGACAGUUUUUAUCGUACCCGUCGCCGCAGCUCUUCUUAUCAACAUCAUCUGCUUCUGCGUCACGCUUUUCAGCAUCGAGCGCACGGUGCACGAAUCACGACCGGCAGGAUCUCAGCGGCGGUCGCAGCGCACGCGCCUGUUGGUGUACGCCAAGAUGUCGUCUGUCAUGGGCCUCACCUGGCUCUUUGGCUUUGCAGCCUCCUUUUCCAACGAGGUGGCCAUGUGGUGGGGCUACAUCCUUCUCAACGGCCUCCAAGGUAGCUUCAUCGCCUUCUCUUUCUUUCUCAACCGUCGCUUCUUCCGUCUUCUGGCAGUUAAACUCUCCUUCUCCGCGGCCAACCGCAGACACGGCCGCUGCAGCAGGCGUUCACACAAGCCCGACAGACCAAACAGCUUCAGCUGCAGCGACAGCACCGGUAUUCACAAUCGUCUGAUUGGAGUGGCAUGCCUGCAACAUCAGCAUCAUCAUCAGCAGCAGCACACAGGUACCCACGUUGCUUCCCCACAUGGUAUCUCCGGAUCUGGAAGGCAGCCGGUGACCCCCAGCAAACUGUCAUCAUCUGGAUUCACGACCCCCAACGAGAGCUUAACAUCCUCUGCUUCGAUGACACAAGAUACUAGCUUGGACGACACCAGGAGAGUUGAGCAUGGAAAUGAUGUUGGACAGGAAGUCAAUUCUGUCUUCUGAACUUUCUCAAAAAGUUGCUCUUUCUUUGUUGAUAAUGCUGUCGUUGCUGCUAACUGCUUCAGGCUCUAGAAUGUUUUGGUAACUGCUAGCAAAAGAGUCUAGGCAUGCAGCACUCGAUGGAUUUUGUUUUUAAAACACGCUCGCCGCCACUAAAUGUUUUCAUUUACCUCUGUUGUAUAUCUAUACGCAUAUUACGCAUGUCUUACGACAGCUUGCUAUUUAUAAAGGUAAAUCUGAAUUAUGGUCAUUGAGCUAUUAAUACUACUGAUGGUGAUUUAAAAAAAGUGUUCUAAAAUUACUGGAAAUUUAAAUU